AAGUCUCGAUCACUCGUCUCUCCGCUUUAAACCGGCAGCGCGCAAACGGAUGCCACACUGCGGCUUCUUCUAACCGCAUCCACAUCGUCUGCGCACUACAGAGGAUCCUUCAGCAGCACAGGGCUCUCAACAAUCAGCCGAACUGCAAAAAAAAGUUAUUGAAUGUUGUUAAAAAUCCUGUUUUGUUCAAGUCAACCCAAGAGAGACAGUAGUUUGCGUUAUCCAUUAAUGCGUAAUGGCUCUGUGUAUGCAUUAAUAACAUGCAUUUAUAAAGGAAUUUAGAGAAAACUUCAACAAAUCUGUUUACCUUAAAGACUUUUCUUUAAAAAAAAAAAAGAAUAAUAAUAGAAAAGAUUGACAUGGAGUUAGAACACCUGAAGGGACUGCUGGAGUGUUUAAACAGCUCAUUUCUGAACGGGAGUCUGGACCUGAGCGACAAUAACGACACCUGCGGAGAAGAGCACUUUAUUUCCCAAGAGCGACCUGUACGACCUAAAGAAAUGGAUUCGGUGCGGAUUCUGCUAUACUCUCUGAUAUUCCUGCUCAGUGUCUUUGGCAACCUGCUCAUCAUUGUGGUUUUGGUGGUGAAUAAACGAAUGCGGACAGUCACCAACUCCUUCCUCCUCUCGCUGGCUGUCAGUGAUCUGAUGAUGGCUGUGUUCUGCAUGCCCUUCACCUUCAUCCCAAAUCUGUUGGAGGACUUCAUUUUUGGAGCUGCCAUGUGCAAGAUCGUGGCAUAUCUCAUGGGGAUUUCUGUCAGCAUAUCCACCUUCAGUCUUGUGGCCAUAGCAAUCGAGAGAUACAGUGCUAUCUGUAAUCCUCUGAAGUCUCGGGCCUGGCAGACACGCUCCCAUGCAUACAAGGUUAUCGCUAUGACUUGGGCUCUGUCUUUCCUUCUCAUGACCCCAUACCCAAUCUUCUCCUCACUUGUAAGCUACCCCAAGCCUAACAACGUCACCGCACAUAUGUGCCGCCACGAUUGGCCCAAAGACCAGGUGAAGCAGGCUUGGUGCAUCCUGUUGCUGCUGAUUCUCUUUGUCAUACCUGGAGUGGUGAUGAUCAUUGCUUAUGGGCUCAUCUCCCGUGAGCUGUAUUGCGGAAUACAGUUUGAGAUGGAGCAGAAGAAAGGUCACAGUGGAACAAGGAACGGUGCAACUGCCACCUUCUCAUCUGGCAUUGAUCAUGGUGAUGGAUGCUACAUUCAGGUACUGAAGCGCCCCAACUCCAUGGAGAUGUCCACUCUGACCCUGGCUGCCUCUGCCAAGGUGGACCGUCCUCGCAGCAAUGCAUCUGAGACCAAGCUCAUGGCGAAAAGGCGUGUGAUCCGCAUGCUGAUUGUCAUUGUAACCAUGUUCUUCAUCUGCUGGAUGCCCUUGUACUCUGUUAAUACCUGGAAGGCUUUCCAUCCACCUUCUGCCCACAGGGUUCUCUCUGGAGCCCCAAUCUCUUUUAUUCACCUCCUGUCCUAUACUUCAGCAUGCGUCAAUCCAAUUAUCUACUGCUUCAUGAACAAGCGCUUUCGCAAGGCUCUGCUAACCACUUUCUCCUGCUGCUGCCGAUCAUGCCGGCCACGGAGCUUCAGUGAGGGAGAUGAUGAUGUCACUGCCACAGGGGCAUCAGUUUCUAAGUUUAACUACACCACCAUUAGCACCAUGGGAACAUGUUGAUUUCCAGCAAAUAAGAGAGGUGGCCUGAUCUUACCUUAGAUAGAAGAUAGAAGGAGACAGGGAUGGAGGAGGUUCAGUAGAUGAUUGCUGGCUUGGACUGGUGGAGGACUCAAAUUAUUGGUAAAUGUCUUGCCUGAAAAGGGAAUAAACCUAGGUUUGACAUUGCGGUUAUUGAGGAUGUGCUGCUAUGUGAUGUGAUAUGUUAAUUGUGUGGUAUUAACAAUAAUAUCAGCAUGCUAAUCCAUCACUUAUUGUUUUGUAAUUUGUGAUUGCCUAUACUAUUGGAUAUGUAUAAUAUAAUUAUUGUUAUAUGUAUUUUAUUAUACCUACAGUAACCUACAGUGCUGUUUUUAAGGGCCUGCUUACAACUGCAUUAUGUUGUUGAGAAGUUUUGUGCUUUUAAGCAGUCGUGAGAUAAAUAAUUGAUUUUGAAUUCAAACAAAUAUAUAGAUGUGCAACAUAUUAAAGUAAAAACUUAAGGAAGAGGAAAUGCUUCUAGACCAGUGUACUGCAUGGUAGAAUUAAGCAAUUACCAACCUGCCAUGUAAUAUGUAGACAAGACAUUUUUAUACUUGUAGACAAGUAUAAAAAUACUGAGCAGGCCCAAGUGGAUGGCCAUGAUUUUGCGUCAAGAUAGCGGAAGAGGAAAAGAUCUACAUGACUUUAAAAAUGGGUACAUUAUUGGGGCUCAAAGGGCAGGAGUAACAAAUAUUGUUUUAAUAGCAACACCAACUAAAGUGACAUCUGAUGAUGUGGUAGCUUAGUGGUUAAGGUGUGAAUUAGUCAUUGGAAGGUUUGAGCUCGAAUCCUAGGUCCACCAAGCUGCUACUGCUGGGCCCUUGAGCAAGGCCCUUAACCCUCAGUUGCUCAGUUGUAUAAAAUGAGAUAAAAAUGUACCUCGCUCUAGAUAAGGGUGUCUGGAAAAAAAACCCCAGAAAUGUAAAUUAAUAAAUGUAAACAGGCUCUGAUCUAAAGGUUGGAAAUAAAUAUAAUUAAAAAUUACAAAUACAUACUUGAAUUACUUACACACAUAAAUAUGUGACUUGUUGUCAGUUGUGCAAUAACAGAAAAGAAAAGAAAAACAUCAAAAUACAGCUUUAAUUGCAGAUGCCACUGGAUUUGGGGUAGGAUAAUACAAUUACAACUUCUUGUUUGUCUUUUCUUUGAUUGCACAAAUUGAAAUUUCAUUUCAUCAAGCAUUUAUUGGUUGUGGUUUUCCUUCAUGUACUCACUCUCACUGGUUGUGGUUUUAUGCUGGUGGCUCAAAUUGCCGGUGACCUUGUGCUGUGGAUUUCAGGGUCAUGCUGACUUUAUGAUGCUUGAAAGCCCACAGGAUGAUUUAUGGCUGCUUUAUGUGUUUGUUUCUUCAGUCCUUGCAUAUCUGUGUAUUAAAUUUAUUAUUGCAAGCUGUCCACUAUAGCAUACCGAGCAAACAAAGACGCACACACACACACACACACAUACAAAACAACCAAGCUUUCCUCAUAUCCUUUCAACAGGGAGGUUAAAGAAAAAGAAAAGGUACUCUAGGUUUAAGGCAUGCCAGAACGAGAUUAAUGAAAGUACAUCCUCUAUUAUAUAAAGAUUCCUUUAGUCAAAAUGUUUCUCACUCACCAACAUACUUAACAUUCCAUUUGUAUGCAUAUAUACAGUAUAAGGUCUUUCCAAAGACUGCAUUUGACAAUGUACUGAUGAAAGAAGUCAGAACACAAUUCAAGUUCUCACUAUAUUUUAUACCAUGGCUGCUAACAGAAGUAAAAAAAAAAAAGAAGAAGAAGAAGAAGAAUGGAUCAGAGUUUUCCAGAGGAGUGCUGUUUACAUUCACCUCUCUCACUAACUCACCCUUAAUUUUCCACUCAUCCUCUAGCUCUGUUUAUUUUCCUUCAGUUAAAACAAUUCACUAAUCAAUGAGCAUCUGCUGUUUGGGUCUGUUUUAUACUGAACGGUGGAAACAACAUAUCCAGAAAAAAAGUUUCCUAGGCCCCAUUCUCUGAUUAUAACCAAUAAAAAUAGCACAAAGCUUUGUUUUCCCAACCUACACACUAACGUCUCAGUCUGGUCAGGAAAAGCAGACCAGCUUCAAACAGAGAGAUUUUUUUUUUUUCAAAGUCAGAAUAGGAUCACAAUGUUGACAUUUCCAUUUUAUUCCAAACUGCCUCCAGCUUUAUCAAGGGUAUUUUUUUUAGACAUGUAUAAAUACUCAGUCACACCUGGAAUGACUUCAUCCAGUGAUGUUUGACAGCAACACCCAUCCAAUCCUGGGCAUGAUAUCAUCCUACAAUUUGUAACACAGUGGUGAGUGAUUAGUAGUGAUUAAUGUGCCUGUAGCUACAUGUUCAAAUUUUGCUGUAGUUCGGUGAAGUGUGAGUGGAUUUAUGCAGGUAUAACAAGUAGAAACACAAUACCGUCCUUGUAAUGGUGCAGAAAACUCUGAGUGGAAUAAUCAAACUUCGCAUUGAACCCAGAACAACAUUAGAAGAGCAGCACGUCAUUCUGUUUCAGCCCUUAUAGAAACCACUUCAUUGACUUUCAAUGGCAUGUCUCCUGUGAAAAAAAAUAUAGAUAAAAUUUUAAAUUGUUUAUCAAACGUGUCCGACACCUGCCCUAUAAUUCUUCUAAACAAUAUGUUUGGUAAUUGCAGAUAUCCCGAAUGCUUCUGUCUGAAAGAGGCUGAAUCUGCUUCUAUCUCAUUCACAAACUGCUGUUGUUAAUGCUUCUAGCUUUUUUUUAAGGGUAGGGUAGUGAGACUGGAUAAUGUUUUAGCAACUUGUACAAGAAUUCGGAUAAAGAUGUCCUAAGGUGGCCUCUAGCUGUCCCCUGAUUAAAUGGUUGUAAGCAUAUACAUACUGUAGCAAAGCUAGCAAAUAUCGGUAAAGUUGGCAGAAACUUCCACAAACCUCCAGUCAAUCUUCUCUCUGCUUACUCAUUUAUAGACCUCAACAUCUGUGCCCAAACAUCUGAACCGCUGGCCAUAGAAAACCAGAUUGCAUGUUAUCUAAAAGGACAAUGUUUAAUUUAAAUGAGUGAGUUUACGUUUUGAAAGUGAAUUAAUGGAGAAAAUCUGGAACAUUGCUACAUUACAACCUUGUACUUUUAUAGGUUUUUGAUGUCCAUUUGAUGUCCACUGAGACCUAUUUAUUAUUAUAUAGACAUUUACAUUUCAGACACUGAAGAGGCCAUGGUACAUCAGCUAGCCAUUUAGUUCACGUAGAAGAAUCACAAUUAGCUAGAAGUUCUGCAGCAGCAAGAAAAAAACUCUAGUCAUUACACCUUUGGUGAAAAUAAACUACUUUAAACUACAAAACUGAGCAAUUAACCAGUAUUUAUUUGUAGCUAUUAGUAGUAUCUCAGUUGUUAAUAAAGCAUUAUUAAUUUCUUGUCCCUGCAUAGUCCCUGCAUUUUGCCCUAGUAUGUAAAGGACAGUAUUGUACAGUGCUGUAAAGUAAUUGUGUUUCUCAUGACAAUGACAAUAUUUUUUGUACUAAAAUUAAUUUGAUUUUUUUUUUUUUAACUUUACAGCAUUAAUGGCUGAAAUUACUUCCACAGAAAGAUUCAGUUGUUUUAAAGAGUGAUUGAACUUCACCAGGUUAAGCUGACUGAUCAUGGACAAUGUAAUAUUUCAUUGUAUUUGUAAUUGCUUACUAACCCUUUUGAAAGAGAUAUACAAAUGUGCUUUCACAAAUAUACAACGAAAAAAUAUAUAUAUUAGUAGUGAGUAGAAAAAAAAUUCCUCUCAGCAUUCAUGUGCUCAGUUUUGUGAGAGAAGAAAUUGUUUUAAUGUGUGUUCUGUUGUAAAUGUGGAGUUUUUAACAGCAGCAUUUAUUGGAAUCUUAUAUUAAGAUAAUGUUCUGAUGUAACAUUCAGCAUCAGAGCAGACACUGAGAGAGUGGGAGAUCAGACACUGUGUGUUGUGUGAGCAGAAACAAUGGUUAGGAUUGAUGAAAGCUAAUGGUAGACCAAAAAGAAUGGAGAAAUUGUUAGUGCAGGGUGAGUGUGUGUAAUCUUGGUUGGAGAUGAUUACUUGACUAUUGUCAAUUGUUAUGUGUCUUGAUGUUCUGUUUGUGUAUUCCUGUGUAAGUAUUAUAAAAAAUAAAGGCUGUAUUUCCUCACAUGGCUGGUAGCUGUUAUAGUUACAUACUGUACCUGGAGAGUAAAGCUGUAUUGUAAGUAGACACAUUGAUUAUGUUUCAGACUUUAGAUGUAUGAGUCUGUCACCAGGUGGUAAAUAUAAUUUAUUACUUUGAAAAAAACAACAACAAAAGUAG